GCGGAUGCAGGCUGAGGAGAAAGCGCAUCUUAAGUUUAAGGACACCAACGAUCGCCUUACUUUUAUAUUACUGUUUACCAGUGUGUCCGCGUAUAGUCAGAAGAAAUAAGAGAUGUUAAAGACCCUAAUUUACAUUCUGUAACCGGCUUUGUAAGUUCUGGGUAUCUUUACACUGUCAGAGUCGUUUAGAUUUUACCUCAGUCAGUCAACGGUAUCCAAUUCAUCUAAGCAAACGGACAGAAGCCAGUGGCAGCGUGCGCUUCUUAUAUAUCGUUUAAUCGUACCACUUUUGUUUCCUUUUAGAUGUUUUUAUUCAAUGAAGAAUUAUUUUGUAACUUCCUUCGGUGAAUUCCGACAGAGCUGUCCAGGAUGCCUUGGAUAAGCGCUUCACUGCCGUGGAGUUAUAUUGGGGAAAGCGCGAGGAUCUGACUAACAAACUAAACCACACUGCGGCACGGCAAAGAGAUAUAAACGCUUUGCGACCGACCGACCGCUUGCAGAGUCGCAGGAAUGUUAUAAAAACGUUAGUUUUGCGCGGGACUGGUGGACUAAGAGUCGAAUACGGUGAAGAUACAGAGGGUGCGAGGGAACAGAGGGAUAUAAUAAUGGCUCUCGCGGCGGUGUGCCUCAACCUCCUCGCGCUCGCGUGGAUGAACUCGCGCCAGGUCCACGGAAACAACCGACACGCCGUGUACUGGAACAGCUCAAACAUACACUUGCGGAGGGAAGGCUACACCGUCCAGGUCAGCGUCAACGACUACCUUGACAUCUACUGUCCACAUUAUAACCAGAGCCAGCGGGGGUCGCUGGAGCGGGGCGUGGCCGAGCAGUACGUUCUUUACAUGGUCAGUUACAGAGGUUACCGCACCUGCGACCCACAGAUGGGCUUCAAACGCUGGGAGUGCAACCGACCGCAUGCACCCCACGCCCCAAUUAAAUUCUCUGAGAAAUUUCAGCGUUACAGCGCUUUUUCGCUAGGGUACGAAUUCAACGUGGGCCACGAGUACUACUAUAUAUCUUCACCGAUCCAUCACCAUGGACACAGCUGUUUAAGACUGAGGGUGUUUGUCUGCUGUUCAACAGUCUCUAAUGCAGACGAGGACUCAAAUCAUAGUCCACCAGACUAUACUGUCAGACCCAAACUGAAUGACAUUGAUGAGUUUAACCCCGAGAUCCCCAAACUGGAGAAGAGCGUCAGCGGCAGCAGUCCGUCUGGAGACCGACUGUUGAUCACCGUGGCGACGCUCCUCCUCGCUGCUCUCCUCGUGUCCUAGCAACCGUCGCUCUUGCAUUUCUGCGGCGGCAGGACCGAGCUCUCCGAAAAGAUCGCCUUUCGUUCGACCCGUGCGGGAGAUUAUCCAAUCAGAGCAUAAUUGUAGACUUACCGCACCAAAACAGUGGCCUUUGUCUCCACAAUUUUGAUACACGCCAAACUAAAACCUUAGGACUGAGAAUGACGUGCUCCUCCAAGCAUCGAUUUCAGAAUUUGCCUUCUGAAGGACCAUCCAUACAGUAGAUACACGUGUGGGAAAAAGACACUCCGACAUUCUUUUCUCAUGCUGUGAACCUAUCCAGACCAAGACACUAAAAUGGAGAUCGGUCCACUUUGUUUGAGGGACUCAAGGAGAUGUGGAGACCUUGGAGUUCUGUUGCAGUCCAGUGACGAAACUGCAGACAGAUCUCUCACAGAUCAAUAAAACUCAUCCGACAGUCAGUAAGUUGGGGUGCAAGUUCAUGUAAUCGAUCACAGAGACGCUCAGCUGCUAUUUCUGACAGUUGCCGGGCCGAUGUCAAGCCCGCGAGCUGUGAUGGAAACCAUUUCCAUCUAGUUUCCUAGUUCCUUAAUUUAGCAACUAGAGACACAUUGGUCACUCCAUCAUUUUUAUACAAUGUACUUUGUAUGACCUUUUGGUCUCCAUAGCCGUGUCUCACGUAAGGUUAUAUGUUAGGCUGUUCAUGAUUAACAGGAUUUUGAGACAGAACGAUAGCUAGGCGGUUUUGAUUUCGUUUCCUGCAGUAUGUACGUGUGAGAAGGAAGGAACGUGUCACAGAUCAGCAUAGUGACCAUCUUUGUAAGAGCGUUUUUUUUAAUCAAGGAAUUGCAAUGCAGGAUUGGUUUUUACCGCACUAUACAUUUAAACAAUCGCUCUUUGAGUAACUUUAUAUACUUAAUUUAUUGAGUUAUUUAUUUGAUCUGAGUUAUUGUCUGCAUACAUGAGGGAUCUUCCCUUAUCUUUGCUAAUGCCAAAUUAUUUUGUUUCACGUUUUUACAGUUCACGUGCCAGCAAACUUCAUAUAGUAGUUAAUGAAUCUCUAAUGCAUUUCAUAUAUUGCUCUGUUAAAAUAGUUACAUUAUCUCCAUAAGGAGAGUCAUGUUAGGACAGUAUGAGAUCGUCGUAGUUUAUAUUGGUGGGCGGGGUUAGGAAAGGGUUGUAGGGAGGGGUUCUUACAAACGGGCGUGGCUUAACUGACAAUAGCAUUACUCAUACGGCUGCAUGGUCCCUCAUGCAGACAAUGUCAAGAGUAAAUGUCUUUGUAAAUCUGUCUGUGUGUAUGUUUUACGAGUGUGCACUUUACAAGGGACGGUAUGAAUGUGCGCGUAUGCAUUUUGGCCUUUUCAUAUUCAUUCAGAUACACGUUUGCAGGUUUUGAAUAUUCAUGCUUGCGUGAACGUUUGGCCGGUAAGAAUGUGGCGGGGGGCGAUGACGAAAAUGACAGUAUCGAUCGUGUUUACCUUAGAAUGAUUAAACAUGUAAACGAAUCAUGAAUGACAAUUACCAGGAUGAAUCUUAUUAAUAAACCAUUCUUAUUUUAA